UCCUCGCCGAGCGCCGCCCAUUCUCUCGCCGCCGCCGCCGCCGCCGCGAUCGCCGGAGCCCGGAGUCCCCCCCAACUCCGCCGGCGAUCGCGUCGCGCGCCCGAAUCAAAUGGCCUCCGAACCCACCGCGGCGGCGGGCGCUCCGGCCCCACAGCCCGCCGCGCCGCGGAGGCGGCCGCCGUGCGUCCUCAGCUUCUCGCUGGCGCGCGACCGGUUCCUCCGCCGCCGCUUCUUCUCGGCGGGGCUCCGCCCCUUCUCCAUCCGCCUCCCGUCCCCCGCCGGCGCCGGGACCAGCGUCCACGUGUGGGCGCCGCCGCGGCCGGCGCGCCGCCCCGUCCUCCUCCUCCACGGCUUCGGCGCCUCCACCACGUGGCAGUGGGCGUCCUACCUCCGGCCGCUCCUCGCCGCCGGCUUCGACCCCAUCGUCCCCGACCUCCUCUUCUUCGGCGACUCCUGCACGCUCGCCGCCGACCGCUCCGAGGUGUUCCAGGCGACGGCCGUCAAGGCCGCCAUGGACGCCAUCGGGGUGAGGCGGUUCGACGUGGUCGGCGUCAGCUACGGCGGGUUCGUGGCCUACCGGAUGGCCGCCAUGUACCCGGAGGCGGUGGACCGGGCGGUGAUGGUGUGCGCCGGGGUCUGCCUGGAGGAGACCGACCUCGCCGCGGGCCUCUUCCCCGUCGCCGGCGUCGCCGAGGCGGCCGAGCUGCUCGUCCCGAGCCGGCCGGCCGACGUGCGCCGCCUCGUCCACCUCACCUUCGUCCGGCCGCCGCCUAUCAUGCCCUCCUGCUUCCUGAGGGAUUACAUUAACGUGAUGGGCUCAGAUCACAACCAGGAGAAGACAGAGCUGUUGCACACUCUCAUCAAUGGCAGGAAACUCUCAGAUCUUCCGAAAAUCAGCCAGCCAACUCUGAUAAUUUGGGGGGAGCAAGAUCAGGUGUUUCCAAUGGAGCUUGCUCAUAGAUUGGAGAGGCAUCUCGGGGAGAAAUCUCGAUUGGUGGUUAUCAAGAAAGCUGGGCAUGCAGUCAAUCUAGAGAAGGACAAAGAGGUGUGCAAGAAUAUCGUCGAGUAUCUGCGAGAACCGAUUUUGAGUGCUCUGAAUGGUGAAAAGGAGGUGCAGCUGCAUUAAAGGUGGAUAUUACAGUACUUGGGGAAUCACCAUGAAGAGGCUGAUUAAUAGGAUUACAGAUGUAUGACGAUCUUCUUCAGUUUGUAGAGCGGCUGGUGUAACAAAAGGAAAAAUGUAAACCACGUGGACUGGAUUUGGGGAAGGCAGCUUGUGUUUUGUAAAGGAUGGGUUCAGAGAAGGGGAAAUUUAAGCUGAUUUAGCUCUCUUCUUA